GUGGAGAGUUUCUCAUUUGAAUAUUCCUUUCCCAGCUUCCAGAAACUUCUUUCCCGCGGUAUAUAGGCCUGCAGAAGCACUGGUUACUCUGCAAGAUUCCAGCACGCAGGGACAGAAGACGACUGAAGGGUUUAUCAAGAAUGAAAAUCGCAAAAGUUGACAUCAGUAUGAAAACCUUUGAAGGUCUUCAUUACUGCUCUCAAUCACUGAAGAUUCUGAUUCUGAAAGAAUGUGGGUGACAAAGGUGGCAGCUCUGUGCCUGAUGGUUGCGUCAGCCACUGCCGAGAAGAAGCUUAGCAAACAUGCCGCUACCUUAGCAGACAACAGCGCUAACCUGGCCUUCAACCUAUACCAAAACAUGGCCAAGGAGAAGAACCUCGAGAACAUCCUCAUCUCCCCGGUGGUUGUCGCCUCCUCUCUGGGCCUGGUAGCUCUCGGGGGCAAGUCUUCCACGGCUUCCCAAGUCAAGGAAGUGCUCAGUGCCAGCAAGGUGCAAGAUGAACAUCUGCAUGCUGGCCUGGCCGAGCUCUUGACCGAAGUCAGCAAUUCUACAGCCCGCAAUGUCACCUGGAAGAUCAGCAACAGGCUGUACGGCCCCAGUUCCGUCACCUUCGCCGACGACUUUGUCAAGAACAGCAAAAAGCAUUACAAAGUUGAGCACUCCAAGAUCAACUUCAGGGACAAGCGAAGCGCCAUAAACUCAAUCAACGAGUGGGCAUCCAAAUCCACUGAUGGAAAACUGCCGGAGAUCACCAAAGACAUGGAGAAGACAGAUGGAGCCAUGAUUUUCAACGCUAUGUUCUUUAAAACUCAUUGGGAUGAGAAGUUCCACCACAAAAUGGUUGACAACCGUGGUUUUAUGGUAUCUCGCUCGUUUACUGUCUCCGUUCCAAUGAUGCAUCGCACGGGGUUAUACAAAUUUCAUGAAGACACGGAAAACAAGUUGUUUGUACUGGAGAUGCCUCUGGCCCACAAGAUGUCCAGCAUGGUGUUCAUUAUGCCAUACCACCUGGAGCCCCUGGAGAGGCUGGAAAAGCUGCUGACCCGCAAGCAGGUGGACGCUUGGCUCAGCAAGCUGGAGGAGAAGGCGGUGGCAGUAUCUCUGCCCAAAGUGAGCCUGGAAGUCAGUCAUAACCUGCAGAAACACCUUGGUCAGCUUGGUCUUACUGAGGCAGUGGAUAAAAACAAGGCCGACCUGUCCAACAUCUCUGGGAAGAAAGACCUGUACCUGUCCAACGUCUUCCAUGCCUCAGCCCUGGAGUGGGACAUCGAAGGGAACCCCUUUGACGCAAGCAUCUUCGGCACGGAGAAGCUCCAGAACCCUAAGCUGUUCUACGCAGACCAUCCGUUCAUCUUCAUGGUGAAGGACAACAAGACCAAAUCUAUCCUCUUCAUUGGCAGGCUGGUUCGACCCAAGGGUGACAAGAUGCGAGAUGAGCUGUAGUGAUUCCCAGGGAUGUCAACCUUUACUGUGUAUGAAUUGAGUAUGAAAAGGCAAUGGAAAUGUUUUUGGUAGAUCAGUUACCUCAUAAGCACAUUCCACUAUAUUAGGUAUGGACCAGUAUCUGGGUCUGCCCCUCCUGAGGUAUAUGUGAGAAACACCCACACUGACAGUCAGUUUAGCUAAUAUACUUUUAUAUCUGCUGGGCUCAAAGGUAAACAAAAUGUCACAUGACUGCACAGUGAAUCCCACCAACACAUUAAAAAACACCACUGAAGAACAGUUCUCUAGCUUGAUGAGUCUUAACAACCACGUGCCUGUUUCGGCAAGUCAUGUGACCGGCAUGCUUAUAUUAAGUGUGAUCUCUCUGAGUUUUGCCAUCGUUGUCCAAUCAAUCCAAAAAUCCACCCAAAAGAAACAUGCAGGUUUUGUGAGGAUAUCUUUAAUGUUUAAAGUAAAAAAAAAAAAGACGAAAGUUUUGCAUUGAUGUCAAAAGAUUAUGUGGUGCUGUUUA